AUGCUGGCCUUCUUCCUAAUAGCACUGGCGGCAGUGCACGCGGCCCAGAUCCCGUUCUUCGAAGACAGCCAUGAUCGCAAACCAGGCGCCCCCGAGGAGAUCUACAUCAAGCAGUUCUCCGCCCUCAGCGGCAACACAGGUGUAGCGCUGCAAUCCCGCCUUGAGGCGCUGUAUGCCAACUCGACCGUUCUCACGACACAGACGCCCUUCGAUCUGCUUGCCUUUGCGGACGAGUCGGGCCUCAAGCUGAGACAGAGGAGAGACUUGGCCUGGCUCACGCUGCGCGGGUACAGUGCUGGCAGGUCGAACCCGGAGGACGACGACGAUCUCGGUGCGCCGGGACAGGCUGCCCGAAUGGCCCGAAUGGCGCGGCAGGCGGGGCGCGCUAGAGCUCCGGAGAUCAGGCUCGGCGUGCUCGACGCGCAGGAGGAAGGCGAGGACAGCACUGGGAACGACAAGGGCAACGAGGCAAUCUUCGACUCGGUCCACAUGGCGGCCUGGGAGCUGCGCUGGGAGGACACGGACAUGCUCGCCAUAGUCGCUCAGUUCGCGCAAGGUUUCAGCUUCGUUACUCAGUGGCAUCUCGUGUCUCCGCACGGCUCGGCCGCCGACUCCCUCUUCGCCACAGUCGCCAAGGCGACGAGCGCGCACCCGGACGUCGUCUGGGUCUUCGACCGCGGAUGGUGGGAGCCCUCGAAGGAUCUGUGGCGCGACGUGCGCAAGUCGUCGUGGGACGAUGUCAUUCUCGACGCCGACUUCAAGAAGAACCUCCGCGAGGACUACACUGGCUUCCUGAAAGGACGGAAGACGUACAAGGAACUCGGCGUGCCGUGGAAACGCGGGCUGAUCUUCCUCGGUCCCCCGGGCAAUGGGAAGACGAGCGCACUCAAGGCUAUCAUGGGCGAGGUCGGCGUGCCGAGCCUCUACGUGCGCAGCGUGAGGACGCAGGAGAAUCUCGCGACCAUCUUCAAGGGCGCGCGGGACAUGGCGCCGUGUCUCCUCAUCUUUGAGGAUUUGGACAGCAUGAUCGACGACGAUAACCGAUCAUACUUCCUGAACGAGGUGGAUGGGAUGGACUCGAAUGACGGCCUGCUCAUGAUCGCGACGACGAACCAUUUCGACAGACUCGAUCCGGGGUUGUCCAACCGACCUUCGCGCUUCGAUAGGAAGUACCAGCGCCGCGACUACGCCGUCUACUGGCAGAAGAAGCUGAAGGGUGUGUCCGGGAUCGAGUUCCCGAAUGCUCUACUCGACGAGUUUGCGGCCAAGACGUCCCGAUUCUCCUUCGCCUGCAUGAAGGAGGCGUUUGUGUCCUCUCUCCUCGCUAUCGCCGGAGACGACAAGAACAAGGGCGACAAGCACUUCCCGCAGCGCUUGAUGCGCGAGGUGAAGCACCUCCGGAAGGAGAUCGACGACGGUGAGGAGGAGUAA